AACCAGUGGCGCUGGGAGUCUGUCUGGGUGUUGAUCCUCAGGGGCGUGUCACCACACCUGAGCUCAGCCUGCUGCUCAGAUAUGAAGCUGCAGGAAAAGCUGUCAUCUGUCAACCAGCCUUGCAGUUUUUUUCCUAGUCCGUUGUCACUGUCAUCAGCUUUUAAUAAGCGGUUCAUCCGUGUAAAAGUUAACGUGAGUCGUGUAGAAUCCCACCAGACCUUUUCUGCUUUCGGCGUCUUCGCCCAGUAGAGAUGGCGAAGAAGAGUUCAUCCAGAAAGUAUUUAAAAAGUUUGUUCUCCAAGGGCGAAGGCAGACACGACGAAUCGGUGGAGAAGAAUGUGUAUAAAGACGAGGGAGAGAAGAAGAAAAUCAAGUUCCUAAGGUUCAAGGCAAAAUCGAAGAACGGCUCUGCCACCGAGACAACGCAGGUUCUCAGUGCUGCCGAAGCCAAUAGUGUCGUCAUCGAUGAAGAGGCCUUGGCUGACAUCAGCACCUCGGACACCAAGAGGUUGUCUCUCUAUAGCACUGCACCGAGGUCAAAGAGCAAAGAAUUCAGUUACUCGGAGUUGGACCUCCGCAAGACCAAAAAGUUUUCCACCUUUUCAUUUGGUCUUAAGAAGAAGAAGAAGAAGGAGAAGGAUGAAGAGAAUAUCUCUAAGAGCACUUUUGGCCUUGACAGCACAGAUGUUGAAGUGCAAGACAAGACUCCUCUGGACCUCAAUCAGAUGAAGUUCAGUAUGUCUCAACCAGAGCUUGACACCAGUGAUUCUUUUAACAUCCCUUCUCCUCCACCUGUGGCCACAAACCAACCAGAAUCAAGUGUCACUCUCCUCUGGCAGUUGCAGUCAUUUUUCCCUGUAAGCACUCAACCAGAAACAAAGGGGCUUCUGACAAAUGGCUCCGAUCAUUCAGAUGUGCAUGAAGAACCGCCAAAAGCGCCGAUAGCUUCCAUUCCUGAGCUCCAGCUGGAUGAUGAUGAGUUGAACAUUUCUGUUCAUUAUAACUCGUCCAAAACUGAAGUCGGCUCAUCUGCCCCUGUGACUCAAACAGAAACCACCUCUGCUGUUGAUACCCAGGCUGCACCUAGCCCUCCAGCUAGCCAUCCUCAGAUUGUGUCUGACAGCUCGGCUCUCAAAGCAGCAGUUGUUGACUCAUUCUACUCAAGCAAUGGUCUGCAUGAUAAAGAUAUCCUCCAGCAGUCCAACACAAAAAUGAAACUCUCUCUUACUGAAUCUAACAGUGUUUCAUUAUCACAUCAUCAGUCUGAUGUGCCUAGCCCCAGAGCUGACAGUACAACUCCAAGUGGUAAACCCACCCUGAUCAGUGUUCACCCCAAACUUGAUGCCACUAUUACAGAGGCAGCGCCUGCUCUUCACAGUGACAACUCUUCCAAUACAGAUUCUUCUACUAUCCAUCAAGAAUUCUCAGUUUCUGGCAAUAAGAGGUCUAUUUCUGAAACUGACGAGAGUGUCUCCACAGCCUCAACUUUUACCUCUAAAAAGGGCGCUGCUCCUGUCAGCCCAGAAGUUUAUGGAGUGUUGUACGAGUCACUGUUUCCCCAGAGUUUUACUUCUGAGGUAAUGUCAUCUUUGUCAAACCCUCCACCUCAAAUCCAAACCAAGAUAAGACAGCUUAAUGCCAAGUCAGAACCUGUGGUUAAGACCCUUAGCAAAUGUGACACAGAAACUGUUAUAUGCUCACAUAUGACAACUUCAUGUGAUUUUAUGGAUGAUGCUGAAUGCAGUUACACCAACAUAAAUGCCAGCUUCAGUGACAAAAAGGUAGUUUCUUCUAGUGACUGCUCCAGAUUUACCUCUUACCAAAGUUCUGAGCCUCAAACAGACAGAGACAUCCACCGCAGAUAUCUACCCUCCUCUCUCAGUUCAGCUUCUGAACCAGUUUAUCAAGACAUUCCUUACUCGGAGCUGACCUGCGCCCAUUCAGGGGUGAAAUCAGAGAGGUUUAACCUCAUUCAAGAGACUAUCGGAUCAGUCCCUGUAGUUCAAAAGUCUGCCCCUCCUCUUUCUGACUAUGUAGCAUCCAAAGGGACAGAUACUCCGGUUACUGCCGGCAAGCGGAAAGUGAUCCUAGUCAAAGAGUUGGUCACAGACGAGGCGAGAGCUGAUCCUGGUUGUCCUGUAGCAGACAAAAUGAGUACAGUGAAGGGUCUUGAGAUAAACAUCAAAGCAACAGAGAGUUUUUCUCCUCGGUCUGGACAGAUGGAUGCGUAUGACGGGUUUUUAAGCCCAACAUAUUUGAGCGUAGGAUCAAAUGAUAGCAGUACCACCGAGAUUUACUUCAGUGCUGAAGAGGACAACGCAGAGGAGCUUGAGGAAGAAGACAUGAACACAAUGGAUAAAAAAGAAGGUAUUUGCAUGGUAGAGGUCCAGCAGCCAGAAAACAAAGGUAACUUCAUAGGAGGGAUAAAUGGGAGAGAUGAGCGAAAUUUGAAGGUGCUAAUUGUUAAAAUACACAGUGAGGAAAGCAAAAUGGACAAUGAGGAAAGGACAGAAGAUCUCAAUAGCCAAACUGAAGCACAGCAGCAUUUUGGAGGGCAGAAGGCAGAAGUUCAAGAGCACAAAACUGGAAUGUCUGAGUUUCUUGUAAGCAGUGAUGAAGAGAGUAGGGGUGAAGAGAUGUACACGGUGGAUGAAACAGAAGAAAAGUGCAUGGUAGAUGGGUUGAAAGAGGUCCAGCAGCCUGAGGAGCAGGGGGAAACUGUAGAAAGAGGAAUAAGCAAGAGAAAUGAAGGAGAUUUGGGGAUGCUAAGUGUUAAAAUGCAGAAUGGGGGAAGCAAAAUGGGCACUGAAGAAAAGACAGAGGAUCUCAAUAACCGACCUCAAAUGCAGCAACAGCUAGAAGGUCAGAGGACUGAGGUUCAAGAGCACAAAACUGGAACACCUGAGGUUCUUGUAAGCAGUGAAGAGGAAAGUAAGGAUGAAAACACGUACAUAAUAGAUGAAAGACCAGAAAUUUGCAUGGUGGAAGGAUUGAAAGAGGAACUACAGCCUGAGGAACAGAGGAAGAUUGUAGAAGGAGGGAUAAGCAAUAGAGAUGAGGGAGAUUUGGGGAUGGUAAGUGUUAAAAAGCACAAUGGGGGAAGCAAAAUGGACAAUGAAGAAAAAACAGAGGCUCUCAAUAGCCGACCUCAAAUGCAACAACUAGAAGGUCAGAGGACUGAGGUUCAAGAACACAAAACUGGAACAUCUGAGUUUCUUGUAAGCAGUGAUGCCAAGAGUCAGCAGAAAGAAGAAGGAGCCACAGCAUUGCCACAGAUGAAAAAAGAGGAGGAGGAAGGGAGAAAGGAGGAGUUACUUGCCACACCGGUUCAACAGGUGCACAAACCUUCCAGGAAGCCAUGUGGGAAGGUGGAGAGGCCAGAGGGAAAGCAGACCGAGGACUUGGAAACAGAAGACCACCUUAAUGGGGAGAAGCAACUCCCAAGUCAAGAUCUACAAUCUCUGGCUUACAAAGGCAUUAAGAGUUCCGAGUUCAUACAUGCUUCUUCCAAUAACACAAGAGAGGAAGAUGUUAGAAAUGAGGAAGAGCAAGUUUCAGCAACAGCUGAUGAGAGUAGAGAAACAAGUGAAGAAAGCACAGAAACCACAACAAAUGCAGUCACAGAUUCUUGUGCCGGAGCUGAGGUUGUCAUGGGCACGUUGACACCCAGUGCUGAGCUGCAAUCAGAUGCCACAGAGAUUGAAGACAAAAGGGCAACACAGAGGAGCGAGUGGGUGGAUACAGUUACUCAGAGCAUAGACAGUAACAAGACAGCACGAGAACAGGUGACAGUGGAGCUGUCAGUUUCCGACGCAGACACACACCAUCCUGAUAGCGAAGUUGCUGAGGUGCUCCCACAGAAACACAAGCAUCUGCCCGAAGCCCAGCCGGACGUGAAUCAGGGGUCACUGGCACCUUCACGGAACCCCCCGGCUGCCUCAGAAAGUCAGCAGACAAAAGCCAGCCAGGAAUUAGUUUACAAAAUGAAUUCAGGCUACAGCAGCCUGAGCACUAAACUGUCCAAGAGGAACUUGUCUCCUGUUAAAGAGGAAGACUCAAAGCAUCGGAUCCAUAAAGUAUCUCUAAUUAGUACAACUGAUACCACUAGUAUCAGCCAGGAUACAGUGGACUUCAGCAAAACAAGCACCACUGUGACUGCAUCGAAUGGAACGGAUUUUGACCCAGAGAACAAAUGGAAAAAUAGAUUUUAUGGAGUUUCUCAGUAUAAACCAGAGGAUACCUCUUUUUCUGACUCUCCGAGUUAUAGCAAGUCUGACACCUAUUCCAGUACCACCUCCUCUUAUGCUUUCCCAGAAGCUACAGCAUACAAAUACCAGAGCGACAUGUUUUUUUCCUCCUCCCCUUUUCCUGAGAACCAUAUUACCCUUGGCAACAGGCUGAAUGACAGGACCGAAGUUUCUCUGAGCCAUGAGAGGGAUCCAGUGGGAGAACCGAAAGAUGAGUGGAGGAGGGGUUUAGUGGAGCAGGAGGAGUCUGUUGCACCUGCAGGUGAAAGAGAGGGAGAGACAGAGUCUCAGAGGAUAAAGUCACGCCUGGACUCACAGCAGCUCCCCGAGUCCAGUUUCUCCUCAGCAGUUCAAAGCAGCCACAUAGACGGUUUCACGGAAGACGACGACGACGACGAGGCAUCUCAAUUUACUGGAGUGUUUAAGGCCACAUUUGUGGAGCUGGACUCUGACCCUCCUGCUCCCCCCUCCACCCCCCCUGAGUCUCCCGAUGCAGACUCCUCCAGCCAGUUUGAAAUGGAAAACCUGGUGGAUACCCUGAAGAGCAUGGGACCUCCGAUGAGGCCCAGGAGCAUGGGCCCACGUCUACCUCCUCUGCUCCUCAAUUCCCUGCCUCCCAUUGUUGAAGAUGCUCCCAGCUUUGUCUCCUCUGACAUCAUUGCCCCCACAACCAGCGCAACAAAGAAGACUGAAGCCACAAGCACCCCUGCUGAUUCCCUCAAUGGAUUUUACACCCUGCCUGCUGACCUGGGCCUGAAGAGGAGCUCCCCCAGAGACAUUCGUUCACCAACAGAAAUGAUGAAGCAGAAUCUGCAGGACCAGCAGCAGCAGUCUGGAGCAAAAGGCCCGAACUUGCCCCUGAGAGCAUCUGCUAUCAACAGUAUUGUAAUGGGAACAUCUGCUGACUCUUCCACUGAGCACCCGGUGCUGAACGGGAAUGGAGUACUUCCAUCUUCCAGCACAGGCUCUCGCCUAGACAACAGUGUCAUCUUUCGAAGCUACAGGUCAUCAUCCAUUGAUCUGACACCGGAAAAUGGAAAAACCCAUCACUCACUCUUCCGUACUAGCUCGCUGCCUGAUGUACAGCCUUCAAAAGAUCACAUCAGUGGAGGAAUGAAGGAGCUCAAUGAACUCAGCACCGGGACAGACCCAGCAGGGUCCCGCCUUGAGCGUAUCUCCUUACUAGUAAACUCCUCAUCCUCCUCGUCAAGCUCCUUGACUGGAGCUGAAGACCUCAACACUCGUAUGAGCAGGCCUCCACCAUUUAACAUUAGCACACCACCCACCAGCAGCAGUUCCACUCGUCUCUUGAGCCCCACAGGCUCCAUAGACCUCCACAGGUCGUUCACCACCACAGACUCCUCCCCAUCUAUAUUUGGCCAGGCACAGGGGACAGGACUAGGUACCGGGGUACUUGGCAAAUCCAUGUUGCAGAGGAGUUUCAGUAGCGAGGGUACCGCCGGUGUCCAGCAGACUUCACUGUUCAACAACGUGCCUGGUGGAGCUCAGUUCCAGAGCCCAAAAGCUGAGCCUGACAGGAGCUUAGCAUUGAAAUACCGAGCCUUCCCUGAUGCUUAUCUCACUAAAGAGAAGAAACAUGGGAAGCUCAAUCCUCGUCCUGGAAAGAUGUAUAUUUUUGACCGACCCGGGAUGUGCGGCCAAAGGAUAGAAGUGCGAAGUGAUAUCAUUGAUGCUACACCCUGGGAGCUGCAGGAAACCAUCUCUAUUAGGGUCAUCAGAGGAGGAUGGGUGCUGUAUGAGAAACCAAACUUCAAAGGGGAAAAGAUUGCCCUGGAUGAGGGAGAUAUAGAGCUCACCUACCCCUUCAACCCUCCAGAGGGGCAGCUGCAGAAUAGACAGGAGGACGGUGAUGAGCAGACAGAGAGCAAGCCAGCCGGGAGGUUCAUCAUCGGUUCUUUACGAAGAACUGUCAGGGAUUAUAGUGUCCCAGAAAUCUGUCUUUUCCCAGAGGAAAAUGCAGAGGGGAAGAAAGUCAUCUUCAGAGACACUUCUGAGGAUGCCAGGAUUUUUGGCUUCCCUGUCAAAGCAAAGUCCAUCAUCGUCAAUGCCGGACUAUGGCUUGUUUUUGCGCAGCCCUUCUUCCAGGGUGUCCCACGUAUCUUGGAGGUUGGAGGAUACUCCAACCCUGCAGCCUGGGGAGUGGAGCAGCCUUAUGUGGGAUCAGUACAUCCACUCAAAAUAGGUGAACCGAGAGUAGAGAAUAUGAGUGAACCAAAGAUGGUGAUCUAUGAGAAGGCGUACUUCACUGGUAAAUCGAGGACCAUAACCACUAACAUGAGAGACUUCAUGACCCGAACAGACAGGCAGCAUCCUGUCUUUAUGUACAGUGUUGGCUCCCUUAAAGUACAGGGAGGAAUCUGGGUGGGCUACGAGAAGGAAGCCUUCCGAGGCCACCAGUACCUACUGGAGGAGGGCGAGUACCACGACUGGAGGGUGUGGGGAGGCUGUGAUGCUGAGCUGCGCUCCGUUAGGGUGAUACGAGCAGACCUGACAGACCCGUUGAUAGUGAUGUUUGAACAGACAGAAGAACAGGAGGGUAUAGCAGAGGACAACCCCUUUGAGGUGACAGAGGCCAUUCCUGAUGUUGAGGCGUUUGGGUACAAAACCUCCACACGCUCCAUUCAAGUAGUCAGUGGCGCAUGGGUGGCCUACUCUCAUGUGGACUUCUCCGGGAAGCAGUACAUCUUAGAGAAGGGUUUCUAUAAUAACUGUGCUGACUGGGGCUCUCUGGAUGAUCGCAUCUGCUCAGUGCAGCCCAUCCUACUGGCGCCGGGUGACAGCUCAAGGACCAGGAAUGAGAUACUACUAUACUCUGAGCCAGACUUCCAGGGCGAGUGUCACGUCUUUGACAACAACCAGGAAGCACUGUCAGAAAAAUUACUGACCAACUCCUGCAGAGUGGCAAGGGGAAGCUGGGCACUCUAUGAGAGUAAACAGUACUCUGGGAACGUCUACGUCUUAUCUGAAGGAGACUAUCCAAAUUUAACCAGUAUGGGAUGCCUCCCUGGCUCCACUGUUCGUUCGGUCAAGGUCGUACCAAUGUUGUUCUCAGUUCCCUCCAUCUCUCUGUUUGGCCUCGAGUGUCUGGAGGGCAGAGAAAUCACCAUAGAGACGGAGAUCCUCAACAUGGUUGAAGAGGGCUUCAACAACCACAUCCUCUCUGUCAGAGUCAACAGCGGCUGUUGGGUGAUAUGUGAACACAGCAACUACAGGGGGCGCCAGUUUCUACUGGAACCAAUUGAAAUCACCAACUGGCCAAAGUUUAGCGCACUACACACUAUUGGCUCAAUAUACCCAAUCAAACAGAGGCGCCACUUUUUCCGUAUUAAGAACAAAGACAGAGGUCACUUCAUGUCCGUCCAGGGCGGUGUGGAGGAGAUGAAAUCAGGACGUGUAGUGGUGACACCUGAGGGGGAGCCAAUGAAUGACAUCUGGUUCUAUCAGGAUGGUUUGAUCAAAAACAAGUUGUCCCAGACCUUGAGUCUUCAGGUGAUGGGCAACAUUGAGCCAGCAGCCAAGGUGGUUUUGUGGACAGAGACUCGGCAGCCUAUCCAGACCUGGGCAGCCCAGAUGACAGGCCUCAUCACUAGCCUUACCUUCACUGGCAUGGUUCUGGAUGUCAAAGGUGGCAAAACGUACGACAAGGACCAUGUGGUGAUAAUGCCAGAGAACAAGGAGAGGCCAAGUCAGCAGUGGGAGAUAGAGUUGCUAUAAAACCCGGUUCUUCCUUAGCUUUCUUAAGCAGUGCAUCAGCGAUGCUUCUCUUUCCAACUCUUUUCAACACUGCCUUAUGUAAUAUAUUUCGGUGACUAUAAUCUUUUUCUAACUCCAUGAUCCAUGGAACUAUUAGGAAAAUUGAAACAGUAAGCAAUACAGGUAAGUGAUAAAAGCCCUGAAUAGCUGCAUGUGACAUUUUAGUGCUUUGCAAAGUUUUUGUUAGUUUUUGUUAUUAAAUUAUUUUGUUUUCUCCAAGGCAAAUAAUGACUAUUAUGUAUGCAAGGGCUACAGCAAAUAAACUCUAAGUGCCAUGACCCGCUGCAGCAAGUGGCGUCAUCACAUGUUGGAUAGCAAUAUUAGAUGUAUUUUUGAGGAUGUACUGCACUAAUGUAUACAGACCCAGCUUGGACAGGACCUGGUUCUUGUUUGAUAUAUUCCGUGAUUUUGACGUUGACUUUUUUCACAAUUUGAGUAUUCAAACUAGAAUCUCCCUGGUUGUAUGAUUCCAGGCUCAUGUAAAUUUCCUGUCUGUAGAAGUAGCUUUUCUAACUUUGUUUAUGGAAAAGCCCAAGUUGUGUUUGCCUCUACAUUGUUUUUCUAGAGUGAGCACCAAGUGGAUGUCGGUGCUCUAAACGCAGAGGAUGAAUGAAACCAAAGGAAUGUGAAUGUGGUUUUCAAGAAGUGUAUGAUAUGCUUUUUUAAGGUGUAUAUAUGCGUUCUGUGGGAAAUGUUGCAGCUCUUUAUACAGUAUAUCACAUUGCAUUGUGUAGUGUAAUGAACUGGGUUUGUAUCCAGCUUCUGUCAAGGUACUUGUAUUAAUUGUUGUAUUUUUGUUAUAAGUCCAAUUGUCACAUGAAACUAUACGUUACCUGCAUCAACUCCAUGUAAAUAUUAAAUGUUAAAGAUGUAAGGUCAAAUGUUCUGUAAGAUGGGAUGGUUUUAAAAUAUUGAAUACAAAAUAAACAUUGUUAAAUAAAAUAAAACUGAGUAAUUGAU